AGCCCGGCUUGAGAGCAGCAGCCGAUCAGGCGACAUCCUCCCUGCGUGCGGGUCGCUGUGCGGUGCGUUGCGGUGCGGGAGGACGGAUCUGCGGGACUCUAAUUCUCCGCCUGCGUGCUCGGCUUUCUUUCUUUUCUGUCCUUCUUUCCUCACUUUGGGAGUUUUAUUUUCUUUCUUUUCGGACCUGUUUAGAAUGAGAACCUCCAUCCCAGCUCCUUUGGUUUCUCUCAUCCACACAUCCGCUCAUUUUGUUCAUUUCGACCAUCCGACCUCAUUGUUCCAUUUUUGUGCUGCUGUCACCCACAGUUUGUCGCCCUCCACCUCCACCUCCAGCUCCAGCUGAACGCGGAAUACCUCAGCCUGCUGCUGUUGGAUGUUGGCUCUUUUUACGCAGAGGGAUUUCUAUUUUCUCUGAAGGAUGAUGGAUCUCUAACGCGCUGCGCCCUGAAUGAACCAACCGUGCGCUCUUCUUUUUUCUCUGGUUUUUUCUUUUUUUGGAGAUGCUCUGAUCGGAGCUUGUUGGGUCCGAAUGCGCUGGAUCGGGAUAUAAUCUGAAGAUCUUUUUGUUUUUCUGUUGUUGUUAUUUUGUUUUCUGCGUGGACACACACGGCUGUUCCCCCUCUGAGACGGAGUGUGCACCGCAUCCAUCCCGGAGGCGCGCGGGCUCACCAUGGGGGACUCGAUGUGGAGAUAUUAUUUUGGAGUUUUCUUCCUCGCCUUCGAACUGGACUUGUGUCGGCCGCUCAUUCUGGAGUCCAUCUACUGGAACACGACCAACACCAAAUUUGUUCCGGGCCAAGGCGUGGUUUUGUACCCGCAGAUCGGGGACAAGCUGGACAUUGUGUGCCCGCGCGUGGACGGCGGGGUCGUCGACGGCGUGGAGUAUUACAAGGUGUACAUGGUGCCCAGGGAGCAGCUGGAGAGCUGCACCAUCACCAAGGCCGACACGCCGCUGCUGAACUGCGUGAAGCCCGACCAGGACGUGAAGUUCACGCUGAAGUUCCAGGAGUUCAGCCCCAACCUGUGGGGGCUCGAGUUCUUCAAGGGGAAGGACUACUACAUCAUCUCUACAUCCAACGGCACCAUGGAGGGCAUCGACAACCAGGAAGGUGGCGUGUGCAAGACCAAGUCCAUGAAGAUAGUCAUGAAAGUGGGGCAGAAUCCUUCUGAUCCCGUUUCACCCAAAGACAUUCCCACCAGAACGCCCUACAAGCCCGGGUCGCCGGACGACGAGAGGGAGAAAAACGAAGUCCAGCUGACACGAGACAAAUCCAAAUUAGAAGACGGCGGCGGCUCCGGCGGCAGCGGCGGGAAAUCGUCCAGCGCCAUCGGCUCCGAGGUGGCCAUCUUUGUGGGCAUCGCCUCGGGCAGCGUGAUCUUCAUCAUCAUCAUCGUCAUGCUGGUCCUGCUGCUGCUCAAGUACCGGCGGCGGCACCGCAAGCACUCACCGCAGCACACGGCCACGCUGUCGCUCAGCACGCUGGCCACGCCCAAACGCGGCGGCGGCGGCGGCAACAACAACGGCUCGGAGCCCAGCGACAUCAUCAUCCCGCUCAGGACUGCUGACAGCGUCUUCUGCCCGCACUACGAGAAGGUGAGCGGGGACUACGGACACCCCGUCUACAUCGUUCAGGAGAUGCCGCCGCAGAGCCCCGCCAACAUCUACUACAAGGUCUGAGGGCCGGGAAAACGAAAACGCAGAACCCGGACGAGCCCCCGGUCGGAGCGAAACGAACCGCCCCGCUCUUCCUCUCUGUCGACUCCUCCUCCUCCUCUCCUCUGAUGUUUCGUCACUAGUCGUUUCCUCUCUGAGUUUUCGCCCUUCGCUCCGGGUCGGUCACAGCCGGCGCAGACGAUGGGGACGAGUAGCGAAGCCGCCGUCGCUCGCCGGGAAGCGGAACGGACAGCCUCUUCUUCGUUUUCGUCCACCGGGAUUAAGUGAGUGGGAUGGGUGGAUUUAUGGAUGUGAAAGUUUUUGAAAGUGUGAGAAAAA